GUGGGAACUCAAGGAUGAAACGGAUGAAUGAUAUUUCCCAGAAUUCAUCAACUUCUGGUUUCCACGUCAGCAAAUUCCCGGCGCCAGCUCAGCUUGAAGGGGAAACCCCUCGCGGCGCCAUGACGAGCACGCGAGUGACGAGCCUGCGCCAGCCGCGACGUCUCCGCUGCCGUAUGCGCGGGAUCGCCGUCCCGCGAUAGAAUCCUCACACGAUCGCAGUCCGUAACCUGCAAGAAAACCAAUACGAGCUCGGACCGGACUGUUGUGUAGAUUCUGUCCCACCUGAGCUGCUCACGCACAAGCCCUAGACAGGGUUUCCGUGUGCCCUCGGUGCGUCCGUAGCUGGGGUUUUCCUUCUGGUCAUCACCACUCUGACUUUUUCGCAAUUUCCUCUGUAGAUUUGGUGUUUGAAUAAGUGAGCAUUGAAUUCACGGCGGUGUGAUGGGAGACUCCAGUGCCAGGGCGACAGCGCAGCAGCCUGCUGGAGCUGUUCCGUCGGCCCCUUUGAAGCCGCCGCUGUGGUAUCGGUACAGAGCAGGCGUGGGAGCUCUUUUGCUCGUCAAUCUCGGGAUAGGAGGUUAUGUCUUGUCUCGUCCGAGGCCAGUUCUUGAUGCUCAGCUGCAUAACACAGCAGCUGAGCCUGAGAAAGAGAAAGCCGUCCCUGAGCAGGUACCUGUGGCAGUUGUGGCGUCUGCCGUUGCAGCUGACGAAGCUCCACAGUGGGCACCACCUUCAAAAGUGCCCAUUUCUGAAGACGAGCAGCGGCAGAUGCUGCAAUGGGUACUUGAAGAGAAGAGGAAAGUAAAGACUAAGAACAAAGCAGAGAAGACAAGGAUUAACGAAGACAAGAAGUUGCUGAAGCAGUAUUUGAGAUCAAGCCAACUUCCUCCGCUGGUGUAGGCUUUUCAGAGGACAAACUUGACGAGAGCGGAUUUCCUCUUCAAUUGGUCGUUUGAUAUUUCAAUGAACCAGCAAACUAUGGCAUGUCGUUGAUGUUUUCAAAGCUGCAAGUUAUGUGAGGAAGGAGAGAUUGCUCUAACAUGGGAACAGUGGGUUGAAUAAAAAAAAGUAAUUGAUCAUGGCAUUGUUAGAUAAUGUAUUGUCUGGAAAACGGUCGUACAUAUCAUUGAUUUUUGUAAAUAUUCAUCUUGACGUUGCUUCGACAUUGGCUGAAAUGUACACAUUUGUCAAGUAUUUGUGAAUCAACAUUUUUACCAUUUUUCGGUGCAUCUUA